CUCUCAACCACAGCAAACAUCAACACUCAAACAUUCUAUCACUCCAAAGAGAUUUCUUUCUACAUUCAUCAUGGCUGAUAAGACGAAAAUCCGCUACACCUACCUCGGCUACGAUGAGUGGCAGGCAUCUGAGUCCCAGCUCAAAAAGCUCAUCCAGGACGACACUGGCGUUGAGUUUUGGAUUGAGACCAGAUCUAUCCCUCCCAUGGGAAUUCCUCCUCCCGUGACUAAGGAUUGUAUCGAGAAACUCAAAGGAUUGAAUGGUGUUAAGGUCGAUGAGAUAGAAGAAGAUGACUAGUAGAGCUAGGCCAUGCGAACAAUGUUCUAUUGACAAAUAGCUAUUCAAAUCAGGGAAAUAUCUAUACCAUAGCUAAAACCUAUCAAGAAUAUCACAUAUUCCCCAGUGGCU